GCGAAAUGAUUGGGUUGCCAGUCCUGAGCAUAUUCAGGAGCAAAGCGAAGACUAGUAUAAGUACGUGACAGCGUCGGCUGCCUUCAUCAUUCGACAAGCUACGAUCGAUGUUACCGCAGCACUGUGCCAUCGCUGCAGCCUGGCUUCAACUCCUCUCAUUAGGCUAUGCGACUGCGCAGGGUUUGUCAAUCUCGUCAUCUCACCUGCUAACAAGCAACGCAGCGGUCAAGCCCAACCCAACUGAAGCGAAUGUAGCGCCUAAAGUAUGCUCAAUCAAGGCGAACAUGAAUGGCAUCUCCAAGGAUCUUCUACAGGCUGCCCAGGCCUGCAAAAGCAAUGGUCAUAUCAUCAUUGAGGCUGGUGAUUCCCUCAUUGACAAUGUCGUGGUCAUGGCCGACUUGAAGGAUGUGACCAUCUCUAUCCAAGGGACGCUGCAUCUCAAGGCAGACCCAGUCUUCUGGGCCCAAAAUGCCUACAAGCAUGAUCUCGUGAACUUCCAAAACAGCUCUGCUGCGAUUCUCUUUCGCGACUGCGAAGGUCUCAAGUUUGGUGGAGCUGAGGUUUUCAAGACUGGCUCAACCAUUAUUGGCUAUGGUGCACCGUUCUGGUCUGCGUACCUUGCUGACAAUACCAUCAUGCGACCGAACCUGGUCACACUUCAACGAUGCACGAAUUGCGAGAUUAGCAACUUGCGAUUCUUGGAUACACCCAAAUGGGCCAUGUACGUGACAGACUCUGAUCAUGUCAAUAUCCACGACAUGAUGAUUCAGUCCAUCGGUGGUUCCGUCAUGGCCAUGAACACGGAUGGCAUUGACAUUCGCAAUUCUACAAAUGUGGAGUUCCACAACAACUAUAUCGACAAUACUGAUGACUGCGUGGCUAUCAAGGGCAUGUGUUCAAACAUUUACGUUCACGACAUUAUCUGUGGCUCCAAGACAGCGGGUGUCGCCAUUGGAUCUCUUGGCAAUAUUGUUGGUGUCAAUGAAUUUGUCAAAGAUGUGGUGAUUCAGGAUGUCCUCAUCUCUGGCACACCCCGUGGUGGGAUUCGCAUCAAAAUCUGGCCGGGCAACCGUGUCAAAGCAAAAGAGCUAUUGGGCGGUGGUGGUCUUGCUGAUGUCCACAACAUCACAGCCUCUCGCAUCCACACCUCAGAUAACUCCCAAGCACUGUACAUCGACACCUGCUAUAGUCUGGGCAGGACCAAUUCCAACUGCUAUGGAUACCCUUCUUUGGGGACAAUCACGGAUGUCACUAUCGAUGGUAUCUACGGCACAAGUCCAACUGGUUCUUUCGGCCAUGUGCUGUGCUCGAAUCCCAGCAAGUGUCAAAACAUCAAAAUCAACAAUGUUAUCAUGGCCACUGCCGUCGACACGGCAAGUGGCAUUGGCACCACCGCAGUACUCAAUACUGUCGGAGUACCUCCAAGUAUUUUGAGUGGCGCACCAGCUGACAUUGGGCUUUUUGAUUUGUCUUUGCCAAAUGGAUGUUACCUUGAACGCGCGGCGUACGCUACUGAUAGCACCCCAGUACCUUACUUUGCACCUAAGCCACGAGACCGUCCACUCGGUUAUUUGGAUGGUGUUCCAAAAACUCCAGCUGAUUGUCUCCAGCCAGGGUCAAAAUGGUGGCUCGCACAGGGACAACCAUCGGACUUUACGCUCAGCACGACGUCAUACAAACCUCCAGUCUACCCCAAAGUCCACUUGUCCCAAAUUCCAGCAUCUCGUGUCAAAGUCUCUCCAGCAUUUCCCAAGAAUGGCUGAUUCCCCGGACGGAGGCAUUGGAUCCGAAGAAGAUUGGUCUCGAGCAUGGGAAGAUUUCAGAGCAACUCUCUAAGCAAGCAGCGCACAAACACAAGAAGUCCCAUAAUAAGAAGCAUGCUAAUGCAUGAUUCAAGAUGGAGUACUUUCGACUUUUGACCUUCAUAACGAGACCCUGGCGGUAUAGCAGUUAGUCUUUCUACUUCUUCUAUUGCAACUGUGCCUGAGCGCGG